UGAUCAAUAUAUUUUAACAUUGACACUUUAGUCAAGAUUUGUCAUAUAUCUUCAUCGAACGCACAAUGAGUAUUGGUUUUGUAAACAAUCACCAUGAAGUUUAAUCUAAAGUGCAAUACAAAUUGUCACGAUCAUAUAGAUUACCGUUUUCCAAUUACACCAAAUCAAGUAGACUUCAGAACUACUUCCCACAUAAGCCAUGAUUAUUUUCACCCGAUUUCACAGGACUGGGAGCGUCAAAUCAAAACCAAACCAAAAUUAGACCUACUUCAGACUCAUAUAAGAACAAAGGAUGAAAAAAUACCACUAUAUAAAAGAGAUUAUUCUUUUAAACCAAAGCAAGAAGAUGCGUUGGUUAAAUAUGAAAUGGGUCAUCAAGUCACUGAUAAGAGGUAUUUUCAGGAAUGUCGAAGUAAAGGUCCACCUCCUUCCGUCCCUAUACGAUCUUCUGAAAUGAAGGAAUCCUUUGGGUUUCCACCAUGGACACCUGCAACCAGAGAACUUUUACCACCUGAUAUAACAGCUCGAUGCGAAAUUACCUGUGUUGCAAAUUCACUUCAGCCGGCUAUUCCUCCUCAAAAACCAGGAUAUACUAAACUCUUGGAUAAUUAUAUGUCCCAGAACAGUUUAGAUUUUAGACCAUAUGAUGAAGUCGAUUUCGUACGAUCCCGAAGAGAUUUACCUACACGAUAUAAUAUUAUAGGAACAUAUCCCAAAUCGAAGUAUUUAUUAGGAGGCAAUUUAACAGGCAAUAAAGAGGUUUUCGACAAACAAGUAAUGAAACCUCAGUAUCCAAAUAAAAAUAUUUCAAGAGGAUGGCAACGUGUUCCGCAUCGGGGAAUGCAAUCCGAGUACGGCGGCUCAUAUACAACCCAAACUUUUUCAGACGUUUAUCCUUACUUAUACGACAAUGGAGUUAUAUUUCCUUCUCCAACAGAGGGCGAUUGUGGCCCUUGGCAAAUUUAUGCUAUCCCUGCAAUGUACUGCACAGAUUAUUGUCACAUAGGUUCUGGAUAUCCAAUAAGAUCGGUAUUAAACUGUAUAACGAAGGAUAGAAAAUAUCCUCACACUCCUGCAGAUCCUUGUGUUUACUGUGGCGAUUAAAAUUAUAGAAAAAAACUUUUUAUUAUUUUUAUAUUUAUAAUUCUACAAGUAAUUAUAUUUCUAAUUCUACUUCAGAUACACUUUUUAAGUAGGUAGGUAAUGGUCUCUGAAACUGUAACUCAUAAUGGACCGGGAGCUGCUGCCUCAAAACUUACCAUAAGUAUUAGUUAUCGAAUAUUAAAACCAUGAUUGAACGAAACAUACAAUUUAUUUCGAAAAUAACUAAUUUCAUCCACCACAGACUCAUCCUUAUGUAACUCGUAUGUAUC